AUGGUCAAUCCAGGACAACCGAGUCGUGGUUGUGCCAUAUGUAAGAAACGAAAAAUCAAAUGCGAUCAGUUGACGCCAACAUGCACGCAAUGCAAGAAAGCGGGAUGGGCGUGCCCAGGUCCAUCCAAUCCCGGGGCCUUUUUUCGCCAUCAAACUACCACGGAUAUAGCACGAAAGAAUGGUGGAAGUAAUGAGUCUGUUGCAGUGACACCGAUGGGUGGAAGGUCCAGGGAACCCGAGACCUGGAAGCGACCUUUGUCUUAUCCAGCAAGAGACAGAGCUACGACCUUUUUCAUGAGACAGUACAUUUUUGACACAAUAUCUGAGAACGGCUCGUUUCCACUCAGAGAUAAUCAUGAAUAUCUGCCAAUAUUGAUCCGAAAAGAAGAGUCUCCAUUUGGGUUACUCAGUACUGUUCUGGCAGCGGCUGGAUAUGCUGCCCUUUCUAACGCUGGAAAUGUUGCAGAGUGGCGCUCAGAGUCAUUCCGGCUCUAUCAAAUUGCAAUUGUCCAGAUGCAACACGCUCUUCAAGAUCCGGUUCAAAGAGUUUCGGAUGAGACACUUGGAGCAGUUCUGUUGAUGGGAACUUUUGAGACAAUUGCAUUUCCAGACUCAACCUCAAUGAAGGCCUUUAGUCAACAUAUUAUUGCGGCGGCCCGAUGCAUUGAGAUGCGUGGCCCAGAACAAUUUCGAACGGCGGCCGGUGUGAAGCUGUUCAUGCAGAUGCGGCGCAACAUGAUUACCACGUGCCAUCAACUCCAAGAACCCUUCCCUUUCGAAGUGUCAAAAUGGUCACUAUGGGCUGAACCGUACCAGCCUGAAGCGUUUAUUCCUGUAAACAAACUUUCGCAGAUUAAUGAAGCUCUGGCUAGUGCUCGAGCCGAGCUGAAAUAUCAAGGUAUCACCGACCCUGAGGUUAUCUCCAAACGUCUCCUUCCGUUUGACAUUAUGAUGGGACAAUGGGCAGAGGAGCUGCCACCUAUCUGGGAGUACAAAUCAUAUCGAUCUAUCGGACCCAAUGGGGUUCCUUCGAGUAGAUAUGAUCUCCAAUACGACAUCUAUAAUGAUCCUUGGAUUGCUUGCAUAUGGAACUCUUACCGCAAUGCGCGAAUGCUCAUCCACGAGUCGAUCAUUGUAGCCACACUUAAGUAUGGCAGUCAAGAACAAAAGGAAUCUUUACAAUGUUCCUUCAAAAUGCUGAAGAGUAUGGCGGAUGGGAUUUGCCACAGUGCUGCAUAUCACUUAGGGCACCAACACCAUGAUGAUAUAAUACGUCUUCCAAAAGUCAUGCGUGAGGAGGAUAAACCAGCAGCAGGAGGUUUUCUACUCCUCUGGCCAUUGUUCUUUGCCGCUAUUCAGAGGACCUCUUGUACAGAUCAAAGACUAUGGGCGGCAGGAAUAAUCCGUCAAGUAGGUAAACAAAUGGGGUUGCAGGUGGCGUUGUCAAUGGCCGAUUUGCUUCAAAAGGAUAUGCAGGAGUUUGCGUUUUCGAAUGAAGACACCUUUUUACUCGGAGAAUGGCACCCAAAUUGA